AAAAACAAACAGACAAAAGAAAAGCUGAUAAUACAAUACUAAAAGAUAAUUUUAAAAAAUCACUUACACAAACGGGAAAUAAUGACGAAAUUAUUUGAAUUUUUUUGAGAUUGCGCAGUUGAUAAAACUCCAUUUAAUCUUGAAGAGAAGAUACGCCAGUUUUGAUUAUUUAUUACUUAAUUAAUACCCACAAUUAAGGGUUAAAUACCAUACCUGUCUUUACUCAUUUGUGAAUUAUGAUAUGCUGUCAUAGAGAGAAAAUGACGUAAUGAGCUUAAAGAAAAGGAGGACAGAACAAACCUUCGCAAUGGCUGCUAAUUCAAUAACUGUUCAGUGGAAUGCUCAUUACUCUGCCCUUCUCCAAUUGCUAAAAAAUGCGAGAAGAGAGGGUUGGUAUUGUGAUGCAACUGUCUUGUGCAACGGGAAGUAUUAUUCCGUACACAAGUUUGUCUUAGCAGCGUGCAGUGAUUACUUUGAAGAGAUGUUUGACAAGAUCAACGGCAAGCACCCCAUGAUCGUCAUGACAGACAUGAAAACGGCUCGUCUGGAGGCCCUGCUGUCCUACAUGUAUGAGGGGGAGGUUGACAUCAUGCAGGAGGACUUGGCGGGGUUCAUGGAGACUGCAGAGGCCUGGAAGGUCAAGGGCCUGUCCAGCUCGAGCGACGAGCAAGAGCCGGCAGAGGGGGGGAGGAGAGGCCAGAAUGCCCCAGCCGAGAGGCAUGUCCCCAUGCCGGCCGUGGAUCAAGUGCAGGAGUACAGCAAGAGGAGAAUGGCCCUCAACAACGACUGGCAGAAGGCGAAGCGCAUGAAGUACACCGAAAUGAUCCGAGACCUGCCCCCAAUCUCGGUCACGGAGGAGCCCUUUUCGCCGAACGCCUGCGGGGAAUUGGGCCACAACCCCAACAUCCCCAGCAUUGUCCCAGGCUCUGCUGUCAGUCUGAGCGCACCCAUGAAAGCUUGCAAUGCCGCUGCUGAGGUCAAGAAAAAUGCCGACCAUCACAGAAGCCUGGGUGGUGGUCAGGCUCAGCAGGGAGAGAGUAAUAAGGGUCAGCGCAAAGGGGAGAGUCAGAACUGCGUGGAUGAUGUCGGGUCAGACGUUUCAGCUGAGGAUAUUAUGGUAGUGGAUUUGAAGUUAGAACCAGGAGAAGUAGUAGAAAGUUUUGGUACAUAUCAGGCAGGCCCUUUUGCGACUCCAUCAGCCAGAUAUUCCCUUGACACCCCAAGUAACAAUGACUGUGCUCAAGAUGGUUCAAGCGAUUAUCACCAAGUAAGAGGCAGACGCAAAUCGAAGACAGGAGGAGACAAGAGCAACACGCAAAUCCAGGUCACACCACUGUCGUCAGUUCAAAGAGAGUGUGUUGAGUUAAGAGAUUUUCCGCAGCUGCAGGGUGCUGCCAAGCUGCCAAAAGCCCAGAGAAAAUACACAAAAGAUAAUGCAUCAUCUCUUGUCUCAAGCCAACUAGAUACUCCAAAGAGUGCAGCAGCUAAGGGGAAAAGAAAAACUGAAGGUCCAAAGCAGAACCCCCUUCUCACUGGGGGAAAGAGGAAAUAUACAAGAAAGAACACAAAGGUCAAGCAAGUAAAUCCCAUUGGUGGAAGUAAACCCGAUAUGGGAAAGGAAGCCAUGCCAAAGAGAAAAGUCGGAAGGCCUCGCAAGAUAAUCCAACCUCCCGUUUCUAACGGUGAAAGCACUCCAUCCUCAGUAAUGCCAAAGCAAACGGAUGAGAUUCCGUCAGUUCGUACUGGAGUAGAAGAGAGCAUAAGCUCUCCCCCAAACUCCAAACAAGUGAAGGAUAAGAAUCUCUAUCCUGAGUCUUACAAGGAAAACGAAAGAAUAGAGAAGUCACCGCCAGCUGAAGUUUCACAACUGGAAAUUGUAGCUCCUUUUAUGAGCUUGCAGUGUAGAGAUGAAAACUCAGUUACACCUCCUGUGACACUGGAACCUCCUCCAGAGGAAAACACAAACAGAUCACAGAGCAGUGCCAGGCGAUUAGCAGCAUCCAAAAGAAGAACGAGUUUACUGAGGCAGUUCCGAAAGGAAGCCCCUGUGGUUCCUGAAAGUUCCCAGCCAUCUUCUGAAGAAGAACAGAAUAAAAAAUCUCAGAGUGCCGCACAAGUUGGAGGGAAAGUGCCAUGGAUUAACCGCAAGAAAAGAAUCCCUAACUCGAGAAGAUGGUCGAAACCAAAGAAAAAUAAGUCAUACAAGAAGAAGUUACGCAAAGGGAGUGCGAAAGAGUCUGGUAAGUUAUUGAGAGAAACAGACGCUUUAUCAGUGGAAUCUGACAAAACAGAGAUGGUUUCCAAUAGAUUGUUAACAGGAUCUGAUGACAUGUCAACAGAAUCAGAUAAGACAGAAGCACCUCCAAAGAAGACAGCACUGGGAUCAACCUGUUCGGAAACUGAAAGUCCUUGUCAAGAGGAGUCAGGAGCACAAGGGGCAGUCCCUUCAGUAGAGAAGGUCGCAGAAAUUGGAAACCAAGAGAGCAUCUCUCUUGAAGAAGGGGAAGCCCCGACGGAAGGAAAUGAUGAACAUCAGAAGAUUUUGAGAGAUGAGGAAGAUGAAGUCGGCCUCGAGACAGAGAAUCGCAAACUCAUUCAUUCACCUGUUCUUUUUCCGUCAUCGAGUCCAAUGCCAGAGAGAGAAAAACUCCACUGCAGACAGUUGUCCACGAGCAGCCAUAAUGAUUCAAUUGGAAAGACACAAAAAAUUUCUGAAAUUUAGUUUGACAAGUGAGGCUGAAUUCUCACUUUCUUUAUGUUAAAAAAAAAAGUUAUGUGCAAUUGUGAUUUUUAUUAAUCUUUCUUCGCUUUCUCUCUUUUUUUCCUGUACCCUGUCUCCUGUUGUGAAGUUUUUGAUAUCUAAGAUAGGUUUUUGCAGAAAACAAAACAUGACAUACAUUAACCCCCUUGUAAGCAAGACGCUUGUCUUGAAAGAUUGAAAAGCUCCCAUGACUCAGAACCAGCAGCUAUUUCACAUUUAACGGAAAAUUUUUCGCCCGAGUCCUAAAUGAUUUACUAUAAUCUUCUUCAUUCUCGAGGCAUUGAGUACUAAAUUUAUCAUCCUUGUGCAUUUUCUCUUCACUUCACAAGGGACACAAUGCUGCAUGGUUGUCUGCUUUUGGCUUCACAAGAGUGUGCUCUGGGAGCUGUUUGUGCUAUAGUUUCAUUCACAGAUCUGGCACAGAUUAUUUUGUCUGUUCUUUGUUAUUUCCUGAAUAGAAAAGAAAACAGGAAAAAUCUACCAAAAAUAUAUGUAAUGUAUUAUAUAGAGAAUUUUUAGUCCGACAUAAGUGAACAUUGUGUUAAUUUUAUGUUUUUUUGUUUUUUUUUAUUGAUUUUGGGUCUUAUUUUUAUGUAAAUGUUAUUGAUGUUGAGUCAGUAUGUACUUAAGCACAAGACUUCAUUAAAUAAGUGUAGAAACAGUGUCAGUAUACGAAUAUUGUUUACCAAAAGCUUUUGUCUCUUGUAGAAUACUGUAUGUAUAGGUACAUAAUGAAAGGAAAAUUGUGAUAAAAUAAUGAUUCUCAACAAAUUUGACAAUCUGUAAAAUGAUUGUUACUUUCAAAUUAUUUUAAUACAUUAGAAAGUUCACUUGAUUUAAGAAGUAUUCAUUGGUAUUACUUCUGUUCUGUAUAUAUAUUAAUUUGAGUUGCUGAUUCAGAAUAUCUUGUAUGCUGUAGUGCUCUGUGUUACUUUUGAUCUGGACAAAAAAAUCUUUAUUCUUCAUACUGAUACUAAUGUAGAUGGAGAUUAAACAUUGGUUAAGUGCA